AUGGAGUCAGACAUCUCACAGGCCUUCCAGGAAGUGCUUACCUGCCCCAUCUGCUUGGGCUGCCUUACAGACCCAGUUACCACAAGCUGUGGCCACAGCUUCUGUCGGGCCUGCCUCUGCUUUUCCUGGGAAGACCUGCAAGUUCCUGUCCACUGUCCCAUGUGUAAGAAUCCAUCCCAGAAGAAGGACUUCAGAACCAACGUUGUUCUGAAGAAGCUGGUGCACAUUGCCAGACAGGACAGCCUCAUGAAGUACCUGAGCUCUGAGGAGAAUAAGUGUGUGAUCCACAAGGAGGCAAAGAGGAUCUUCUGUGAGGAGAACAGGGUCCUCCUUUGUCAAUUGUGCUCUGACUCCCAGGAGCACAAGGGUCACAGACACUGUCCUGUUGAAGCAGCUUCUGAGGGGCAAAUGGAGAAACUUCUAAAGCAAAUGGCAUCUUUAUGGGAGAAGAUCCAAGAAAAUCAAGAGAAUCUAGAAGCCGAGAAGAGAAUGCCAACACAGUGGUCGGACUAUGUGACUCUUCGGAAAGAAAUGAUCAGGACGGAGUAUAGGAAAGGACGUCCAGUCCUCCAUGAAGAAGAGCAGCAACAUAUAGAGUGUAUGGAAAAUGAAGGCCAAGCUCUCUUAGAGAAACUCAGAAAAAGCAAAGCCUUGAUGGUGCACAAAAGGAAUCAACUAAGAGAAAUGUAUCGGGAGCUGAUGACAACGUCCCAGCAGCCAUAUGUGGUGCUGCUCCAGGACUUGGAAGACAUGUUCAGAAGGAGUGAGUCAGUGCAGCUGUUCAUGCCCCAGGUGAUGAAACCAGAGCUCAGUGUCCUGCCCAUCACUGGACUGAUUGAGAGGUGCAAGUGCUUCCUAGUGAACAUAUUCUUUGGAAAUGCAAUCUUACUCCAUGACAAGAUGAACCUAUUUGAUGUCCUGAAAAGAUUCAGCUUUAGCCCUCACCAUCAGGAGACAUCUGUGGAAUCAGCUGGACACUAUUUUGCUUCCUGUGGAUCACAGAGCUUCUUCUCUAGGAAAUAUUACUGGGAGAUGGAUUUAACGGACUAUCCGGAAUGGGCUAUAGGAGUCUGUGAGGAUGACUAUUUAACAAAUACAAGGCAGCAGACUGAACCUGAGGGUGCAUUUCUCCUUGUGUGUGUGAAGAAGGGUAAUCAGUACAGUCUCCUCACCACCUGUCCAGUAAUUCAUCACUAUAUAGAGAAGCCAGUGGGCCGGGUUGGUGUGUUCCUUGAUUGUGAGGGUGGAUGUGUGAGUUUCCUGGAUGUAGCCAAGAGUUCCCUCAUAUACAGUUACCCACCUGGCACUUUCAAUUACCCUGUCAGACCUUUCUUCUCUCUUGGAGGCAUUUUGAUAGAAAGCAUAACCCAGUACUUUAUUGUUGUUUAG